AUGAGGGUAAGAAUUCCUGAGGCGGGGGCGCACGUGCGGAAAGAUGGCGAAAGGAAAAGGGAAGGAGAAGGAGGGGAAGGAGGAGAAGGAGGAGGAGAGAGGCGGAGAGGAGAAGAGGAUGAGGGACAAGGGAACAGAGGCGGAGGGAAAGGAGAGGAGCAAGAAGGAGAAGGCGAACAAGGAGGGGAGAAGAACGAUCAGGGGAGAAAAGGGGGCGAAACCGUGAAGGAGGGCGGGAAGAAGAGCAGCGGUGGUCAGCACAGGAGGGACGACGGGAGAGGGAGAAGGGAUGGACCUGGGUCAGGGAGAGAGCCGAGGACCGAGCGUGUGCAUGCAGCAGUGUGCUUCAGCAGGGACGGGAAGAAAAUGCUCACGAGCUGGGCGAGCCAUGUGGAAGUUCACAGUACACUGUCGGGGAAGAAGAUGUUCGCUCUUGAGGGGCACACGCGGCAGGUCUCAGGGAUCUCCCUCCAUCCCUUCAACGUCUCUCAGGCCUUCACCUCCUCCCUGGACGGCUGCCUACGGCUGUGGGACGUCUCGGACGGGACGGACCUCAAGGUCUGGAGCCUGCCAUUCCCCAUCAACAGCUUCGUCCUCUCCUCCGAUGCCAGGCUUGCCUAUGUUGCAAUGGUCAAGGAGGGAGAUGGCAAGGGGAAGGAGGGGGGCAAGAAGUCCUCUGGAACUGUGAACGUGGUGGAUCUGGAGACAGGGCGGCAGAAGCUCGACUUUCUCCUACUAGCUCGCACUUGUAUCCUCACUUCUGUACAGAGACUGUUCAAGACAAGGACCCCGGCGAAGCUCUCCAUCACCGCGGACGGCAACACGCUCUUCGCUGUCACCGGCAGAGACCUCCUCCUGUUCUACACGGACUCAGCAGACGACGACAAGAGGAAGCCCGUCGAGCUCAGGCACGCGAGGGACGUGGUGGCGGUCACUUGCCACCCGGAGGGCAAGUUCGUGGCCGUGGGAGACGAGAGAGGGGAGAUUUUCCUCUGGUUCAACGUGCUGCAUGACAAGAGCGGCGUCUCCGACCCUCCCGUCUGCAGCAAGCACAACAUGCACUGGCAUGCGUCCGCGGUCAGGUGCAUGGGGAUCAGCGAGGACGGGGCGUACCUGCUCUCAGCAGGGAAUGAGGGGGUGCUGGUGAUGUGGCAAUUGGAGACUGGCUACCGUCAGUUCCUCCCGCGACUCGGAGGACCUGUCAACGCCAUGGCCGUCAGCAGCUGCGGGACAGUCGUUGCCGUGCUGUGCGAGGAGCAGAAUGUCCAGCUGGUGAAUCUGCUAACGAGGAAGAUCGUCAAGACUCUGCGCCUCCUCCCCAUACCCAGUGAGGGGACCAAGGGGGGAGCAGACGACUCGAGUAGCUUUGCUUCGAUCCUCGGCAUCGAGCCGAGACACGGACAUGUCCUGUUGAACCCAAGAGGAACGACACUACAGAUCUGGGACUCUGUCAACGGCAAGCAUGUGCAGUCUCUAGAGGUGGUCAACAGGAAUACCAUCUCCCAGGCUCCUAUCCACGCCGAGUACGGCAAGGCCAAGAGGCCCGUUGACCCCAACCCCCGCAUCCUUCAGCUUGCCGUCAGCUCGGACGGGGAGCACCUGGCGGUGGUCCACGGACCCCGUCCCUCGCAGGAGGAUAAGGGGGUGGAGGGAGAUGACAGCUCAGCUGGGGCCUUCUUCCAGCUGAGCUUCUGGAGGUUGACCGACGGGAUGUUCCAGGCGCUGACUCGGAUCGUUAACCCACAUAACGGACGGGUCGGAACCCUCACGUUCAACCCUGUGAACCAGAGCGUCGUCAGUGCUGGUUUCGACGGCAACUUCAAGCUCUGGACGCUCUCCAGCAGGGACCUGGGCAUGGCGCCCCCCAGCAGGUCCGGCAAGGAGGCGAAGGCGAGGGAGGCCCUGCCGACUAGCACGUGGAAAUGCACGGCAGUCGGGAGUUACCGACAAGUUCCAUGCAGGGCCUCCUGCUUCUCUCCCGACGGCACGCUCCUCGCCAUCGCCUUCUACUGCAACGUCACCGUCUGGACCAGCGAGCCGCUGGAGCUCAAGAAGGUGUUGUCGCAUGCGAGCGUCACCGAGCCGAUCGAGACCCUCCUCUUCCUCCCUUCCUCCCCCUCCCUCGUCGCCGCCUCCCGCUUCACCGUAGCGGUCUGGAAUCUCUUGUCCUGCUCGCUGUCCUGGGCCUUCGAUGUCUCUUCCUGCGGCCUUGUCGCCCACCCGUCUCGGCCCGAGUUCGCCUUCUCCGUCGCGGCUGACGACGUCUCCUUCAUCCUCCGCUGCAACGCCAGCAGCUCCGUCCCCUCCCAGGUCUGGAAGGUUCCCAAGACCUCGAAGCUGUUCUCUCCUCACGGCCAUGGCUCCUCGUUCCUCGCCUACGUGUGGGACGCGGAGAGCGGGAGGGACAACGCGUGGCUGACGGUAGCGGGACGAGGCGGCUUCCACAGGGUGGACGGCGAGGGGAGAGAGGAGGAGCACAAGGAAAGAGAGAUAAUGGUUGAGGAGGAGGCGGGUCGAGCCUCCAUGUUCAGCCUGGCGUUCGGAGCAGGGAAGAAGGGAAGGAAGCAGAGGAAGCAGCAGCGGCUACUGGAUGCCAGCAAGAAGGAGGACAGCUCCCUAACGCACGACAUCCUCUCUGCUCCUGCGCAUGGUGAGAGUGUAGAAGAGGAGGAUAGAGGAGGAUGA